CUAGCUCACGAGGACAGCCGCUGCUCGCUGCUCCAACCACGAUUCCGCCGCAGUAUGCACCAUCUGCUCCACCUCUGCCUAUGUACGCGCCAUCGGCUCCUCCGCUGCCCACCCCGGUGGCUGCUGUUCCACCGUCUUCACUUCCUCCCUCUCCUCCACUUCCCCCUCCACCACUAGCUGCGCCCACCCACAACGUAACUCACGAUGCUCCUAUGUCCAUGACACUUGUCCCCUACCAGCCGCGGCAAGCUGCAACUUAUCAGAAUGCACCUAGCUGGAAUAACUCGAAUCCGAGAGCGAGAAAAGGAGAGUUACUAGCUCUGGUGCGCGAGAUUGCAUAUGACAAUAGGGAGUUAAGAGAAACUAGAAGACUGGAAAGCGAGCGUAAGGCAAGGGAAGAACAGGAAAGGUUGGCGAAGGGAGCGGAAGCAAAGAAGGCGGAGGAAGAGGCUAAGAAGGGAGCGGAUAAAGAGGCAAGGUUGGCAAAGAUUAUGAAUGAGCGACUAGGCGAGAUGGACAAGAAAAGGGAGGAGGAUAACAAGAAGAUUUGGGAGAAGUUGGGUAAAAGCAAAGAAGCGGAGGAGGGUGACAAGGCUAGCGGAGAAAAGAAGAAGAGAGGAUAGGAGGAAAUGACAGGAGUUACGGCCGCCCAUCCCCCUACCCCUCGACAACGGGUGAACGAGGUAGGGGCGCUCGAUGCUGGAUUACUGCUAAUGAAUCUCGACUUAGUAC